AUUCGGAUCACCAUUUCCAUCUCCGCUUGCACUGAUGCAGUUGCCAGCGCAACUGGCUCCACUUACAACGACGCCCAACCACCCGCCAAGCCACAGGAUUGGCUAGCAGCACGUCAACAUGCAGCAAGUCGCGUUGGGCUGGGCUCAUGCCAUCUCCAUUUUCACAUGUGGAGUUCGAUCGAGCACCUCACGGAACCGAAUUCCAAGACUCGUUCGUUCCCAUUGUGUACAUACAUACAUACAAUUCAUUUUUCGCUUCAUUAUCUCGACCUGACCCAGCUUCAAAUUGAACGACCGGGGUAUCCGUACCUUUCCCAAACUUCAAUCGAAGAAUGUAUCCACUAUAGAGUGUAUCCCCUAGUCGUCUUUAUGGGCCCUUGCUCUCGCUUCACCGACAAUUGACCACCACCAUUACAUCAUGUCUCCCUCAGGCCGUCUCCCAACACCGGACUUUUACGAUGACGACGACAGGCUUCCAGCAACCAGGCAAGAGGCGAUAGAUCAUAUCCUUCAGAUCCGGAGAUGGCAGGAGGACUCGGGCUUUCUGACCAGCCGGGCGUUCCAGGGGAUGCUGAAGACACUGAGUGAGAAUCUGACCACCACUACUUCCCGCUUCAUCUAUGAGCUGCUCCAAAAUGCAGACGACCUUGACUAUGGGGGCGCGUCUCCGCAGGUUCACUUCACCUAUGACGCCGAGAAACGCCACCUUCUCGUCGAGUCCAAUGAGAUUGGCUUCAAGAAGAAGAACGUCAGGGCCAUCUGCAGUGCGGCCGAGAGUUCCAAGAACACGCAGAGAGGAUAUGGCAUCGAGCGGAGAUUAAUCGGAGAAAAGGGUCUCGGUUUCAAAUCGGUCUUCAAGGUGGCAUCAAGCGUCUGGAUCAGGUCUGGCCACUACUCGUUUCGAUUCGACCGUGAUGGAGAGCUUGGGAGGAUACGGCCAAUAUGGGACGACGACUUCCCCGCCGAGGAAUACGCUGCCGGGCUCACAACCGCCAUCCUUCUCAAAAUCGCCAGUCCAACUCACGAUCGUCAGACGGGCACCUCGGAUCCAAUGGACCUUGUCUUACAAGGCCUGGAGAACCUCAAGCCUGGUCAUCUCCUCUUUCUUUCCAAGGCCAAAGAAGUCAAAGUCGGCAAGGUUGUUGGUUCUGGAGCGUUGAGGAGUUUCAUCCGGGGUUCGACGGCUACAGCUAAGCCGACAGCAGUCUUCAAAGCCGAUCAUAUUCCACCACACCGAAACACACUGUUGCCGGUGUCAUUGUAUUACAAUGAUGUGAUCAACCAACAGGUCGCCUUUCGGCAUCUUGUCACGGACUUGCCCGACACACCAGAGCGCCCAGGGUGUCUGGAAUCGGAGGUGACUUUGGUGUUUCCCCUCAAGAUUCCACUUGAUGAGCCACCGGAAUCUCAGAUGGUUUAUGCGUUUUUGCCAAUCAGAGAUUAUGGCUUCAAGUUGUCCAUCCAUGGUGACUUCCUUCUUGUCCCAAGCAGAGAAAGCAUCAUCGACAAUGUGUGGAACAGGGCCUUGGUGGAGGGGGUCUGCCGGGCUUUGGUCAAUGCCAUCCCUGGCUUUCACCGAUUUGGCUAUCACGAGCUCUUCUACCGGUGGCCAUUACUAUUGCCCCCCGGACCAACACGCAGUGACAUCUUUGAACCAGUACAAAAUCGUCUGCGUGACCUUUGCUCACUGAAUCCCGUCCUUGAAGACUCCAAAGGGCGCCUUGUCUGCGGGAGUCAGCUGAAGAUCGUUCCGACGAGGCUCAAAGAUCAGGACGGAAGGAACAUACUGCCGGCUGCAUAUUCGACGCAACACCUCAUUUCCGACAAAUACCCCGCCAGAAUUCACGCCAAACUUCAAGCACUCGGUGUACCGCUGCUGUCUCCGGAGGACUUCCUCGCCGACUUGGGAGGCUUCAUCUCGAAUUUCCCCACAGAGUUCCGGGGAAUGCCAGUGUCGUGGCAUAACGCUCUCUGCAAGGCUCUCCACUCCCUGUUGGACACCCACCGCGAGGUUAUUGAGACCCUUGAGAUUAUCCCUGUUCACGACAAGACGUGGGUUUCCUUCAAAGGACGCCGUUUGUAUCUCCCAUCAGAUGUCGACCUAAAGCUGCCUGUGAGCAUCAGCCCACUAGGGAUCGAUCUCGACAUCCGACAAAACGCCGACCGGGCCAAGUUCUUCCAGGCACUAGGUGCUCAGAUUGUGGACAAGAUGAGCUUUUGUGAUCUUUUGCUUCAGGAGCAUCAACCUGAUGUUCCGAAUCAGAGGUUCCUUGCGUUGACUCUCCAGGACAGGAUCGAGGAUUUCGUGUUUCUGUACCGCGCGAAUUGGAAGCCAAAGAACAACGAUAUCCCGGAGCUUUGGUGCGCAGCGAAUGUUGAUCCAUCCAAGAUUUGGAGGUUGUCGUGGGUUUACCUGCCGGACAAAGACCCUUACUCUGCGAGUUCUCUUGCCAAAGAGACAAGGUUGACAUUGCUUUUCCUCCAUGACCUCUAUUUGAAGACGUUUUCUCAGCUACCGGGUGGGCUUUUGUGGCUCUCUGACACCCUCAAAGCGAGAAGGUUUCUGCGUGUGGUGCAACCUGGGCCCCUGGAUUGGGGUGUCAAUACGCACCGGCUUCACAGCGAUUUCAAAGCACUUUUGCAACGCGAUCCAAUCAAAGGAUUGGAACUCCUGCAGCACCACUGGGAGUUUUACCGGUCUUGGUUCGUUCCAACAACGCAGAAUGGCUACGAGUGGACCUUUUCCGAGGAGGAUAUCAAGUCCAUCCAUACGUUUUCUUCCACUCAGUCAGAGCUGACGAAUGAUCUGUCGAUGCUCGAGUUUCCGUGUCACGGUGGGAGCAUGGCGAGGUUGAUGGACACGGCCCUUCCACGGCAGAGCUUACUGGUGCUGGCUGAUCAGAGACUAUCAUACCACUGCAGCGAGGACCAUAGCUUGUUCUGUUGGAUUUGCGAUAUCAUCAAGUCGAUGCUUGCUCGCCCCGGACCUCGCCCAGUUCGUUCUGACCGGCUGCUGAGGGUCAACGAGCCGGAGGAUAAGUCGUGGGAUUUUUUAAGACAUUUCGGGGUUCAUGUUGAGCCAGAGCCAAAGGUGUUUCUUGAUUAUCUGGUCCAGCUGUCUGGCAGGGCAACGACACAAAGGGAUAUGGAGCAGCUUUACGAGCAGUUGGAGAGUUCGAUUCUCAAGUAUGGGCACAAGGAGAGGGAUAUGAAAGAUAUCAGAUCCGCACUAAACGGCAAGAAUUACAUCUACAUCCCCAGAAAGGGCGGUCAGACUGUGGGGUGGUGGGCACCCGCUUCGUUGUGUGUCUGGGAUGGGCCGCCGUGUCUGAGAUAUAUCCAGCGCAUCAAGACGUUCUAUCCUCACCGCGACAACCUGUUCCGAAAUUUACUCGAGAUCAGCAACGCCAACUUGAACAGCUUGUUUCUGGAAGUCAGUCACCUUGAUGUGUCUGAUACAGAGCACAUCAAGGCAUUGCUGGUUCAGAUAUCGCAGCAACUGCAGGUUUCGGCCCAUGAUUUGGACAGGCCUGAUUUCUCGAGCUGUGCCAUGUUCCCGGUCAGGUUGACGGGUAAGAAAUCGAUGACGGUGGUGCUGCGCUCUGCAGAGGAGGAGUGGUGCAUUCCAGAGGAAAGGCUUCAUAUCGAGGCUUUAUCUGGAGUUGCACCCCUGUCAAUUUUGGAUGCUGGGUUCUUUGAGAUGGACGGGAUGGAGGCUCUUGUUAGGGAGCUUGGUCUCAAGGAACGUCUUGUGUCUAGGAGGCUGGCUGGGCAGGAGACGGAUAAGGGCGAUGCGGUUCAGCAUGUGGCCUUUGAGGAGGUGCUAAGGGGCAAGGCGCUCUAUCUUGCGGAGCUUAUCCCGAACACCAUCUCAGGGCUAUCCUUUCGCCGGAAGAAGACCCAGCUCGUCAAUGUCCAAGUGUACUCUUGCACAAGGAUCAACAUCAAGCUCAAAGUCAAGGUCAACGGGAAAGAGGUCAAAGGUGUACCAAUCAAGAGCCGUGUGGCCAAAGAGGUUGUUGACGACAGUCUCCGGUUCUACAUCAUCGACACCCGCAAGUCGAUUCCAGUUCAUUGGCUGUCUGAAUUGCUCGUUGAGUUUUGCGGCAUCAAGAAUAACCAAGACAUUCAGCUUUUGAUGCAGAUCCUGAACUCAAAUGACGAUGAGAUCAUCCGGGAUGAGUUGGAGUAUCGACGGGAGCGGAUGGCGGUGGUUAGGCGCCCGACAGAAGACACUGAGGGUCAUGUGAGUGCUAACAUCAUGUUAACAGAACUUGAAGAAGAAGAGUCUUCCGAAUCGGAAUCUGAGGUGGAAGCCGUACCAGAGCCUGAGCCGCAGCCUGAGCCGCAGCCAGAAGUGCAGCCAGAAGUACAACCAGAGCCGCAAGCUGAGUCUGAGCCCGAGCCCGAGCCCGAGCCGGAGAACGAAGCGGAUCAAUCCUCACUUCACCCACAGCGAGUAUCAAUUGUCCUCAGACAUUCUCGGUCAGUGGACACUGGCUUUGAGGAAGCUAAAAGGGCGAAAGAGCCCUGGAAGUUUCUUCAGGUCCAGGAGCAUGAGACGGCCAGGCCUGCAACAACAUCAAAGCGCAGUGAGCACGAGGAUUUCAUUGCCAUGUGCUACGGUCACUCUCACCUCGACAGCCCUGAAGUCUUCACCCAGUUUGCACUCGACCUCCUUUACCGUGCAGGUUAUCGCAAAAGCUCCCCAUUCUGCACCUGGAUGCCCAGUGAGAUUCACGAUCGAGACCCUCAAGCUACAAAGAGAAACUCGAUCACCACCUGGAGCGCCGUCAAUCAAGGCUUUCACGCUGGCUCACCCCUGGGUUUAUCCGCCACUUUCAAGGGCCCAGCAAGCACCACAACACCCCCUGUUCUCACCCUAAAAGGCGUCUAUAUCGACACCGUCCACGCUUGUUUCGACCUUGAUCUACGCCCGGACAGCAGAACUCUGGACCUCGCAAGCAUCCUCCACCGCCUGAGGAAGUUCCUCGCCCCCCUACACCCAGACCCCAACCCCGAUAAAGAAGACUCCAAGGACCAAUGGCGACGGGACUUGUACCUCCUCGAGCUCUUGACAGGCGACUCUGAACUCCCAACAGCCACCCGAAACCCAACCCCCCUCAGCCGCUUCAUCGACAUCCACCAACAAGCCAACAACCCCACCCCACCUCAGACACCGUCCGACCCAUCCCACCGAUGGUUUACCCCCUUUGCCCAGCAGAUCCUCGCCCUCCACCCCGACGACGACAGGAGGAUCCUCGAGCCAGAAGUGCAAGCCAAUCUCGACAAGGUCAAGGCCACUGCUCUCGCGUUCCUGAGUCGGUUCCCCGAUCCGGCCGUGUGCAUCACUGUCUCGCCGGAGAAUAACACCUUCUUCGCGGGUAUCGUCCCGGGCGCAGCCAAGCCGGGCGAUCGAGUCUUUGUCCCCCACGGCUCCAAAGUCCCGUUUGUGGUGAGGAGAAAGAGCAGCGGUCGGCCGAGACAGGUGAGCUCCGUGUCGCAGGGUAGUAGUGUACCACAGGUGCCGAGGGAAAGUCCGAGCGCGAAGCCGCCGGCUUUCGCAAAGAUUGUGCGGAGGGCGAGCAUGAGGACUAGUUUUGGGCUGAAGUGGAAGAGUAAAGCGCUUGGUGGGGGGUUGGGGAGGAAGAAGAGUAAGGGGGGGGAUUUGGAUCAGGGGACUAUGACGGAGUUUUCUCCUACGGGGGGGUUGGAUAGUGGGGUGGGAAGUAUGGAGGAUGUGGUGGCGGGGGGGUCUGUGAAUGGGGGUGGUCACGGGGAGCAUCAUGAGGUUGGGAAGGAGAGGGAGAGGAGUAGGAGUUCGUUUAGUUUUAGGAGGCAGGAGAGUUGGGAUUGGGAGGGGAAGUUGGGGGGGCAUGGGGGGGCGGGGAGUGUGAGUGCUGGUGCUGGUGGGGGUGGGUUGGGGGUUAUGGAGGAGGAGGUUGGGGAGGGGGAGGUUGCUCCUGAGGUGAAGACGGUGAGUUUGGAGGGGGAGGAUGAUAGGUAUGAGUUGAUUGGGGAGGGGUAUGUGCAGGGGCUGAUGUAUUUUGAGAGUUCGAGGGUUAGGAGUGGGGGUGAGGGGAGGGAAGGGGUGGUUUGUUUGGUGUAG